AUGUCAAUUGAAUCGGAAGUAGCGCCAGCCCUUCGGGGUCUACCUGCAGGUCUUCCUCGUUUAAUGCCCGUAGACCGCAAACUAUUCCCCGACGGUCUUCGCACAAGUGGUCAGCAUCCACCAGUGGAAGGCCAAUUGCGCCAGUUCAAUGAAUUUCCGCGUCAGAUUACGGGACCGACAGUGUGGACUCCACAGGAGAUGGUCGAUCACCCGGGGAAAUGGAUCCAUAAAUGGACAGAUGCAGAGCUUGAAGAACUUCUGCAGGCUGUCGAGACAUUCAUCGCCUCUGGAACCCCGCUCGUUAAUAUCAGCAAGACCAAUUUCAGGCUACCUACUCUUGAGGGGGCCUUACAGGACAUUCGGAAUAUCAUCUUGAAUGAACAUGGGUUCUUUGUUUAUCGUGGCUUGCCCAUAAGCCAGUGGGGGCGAUACAAGGCAGCUGUUGCAACGAUGGGGUUAUCUGUGCACUUCGGAUACCUGUUGUCGCAAAACAAACUUGGCCUGAUCCUUGGCCACGUUACGAAUCGAGGAGCAGACUAUCACAACAGUCUCGACAAGGUUAAGAUUUCGGCCACGAAUGCCCCCCAAUUCUAUCACACUGACGAAGCUGAUAUCGUUGGACUAUUAUUCUGUUCCCCAGGGAAGACGGGUGGUGCCUCGGGUUGUGCAUCUGCACACAUAGUGUGGAACGCCUUGAUUAAUGAACGGCCUGAUGUGGCCAAAACAUUGUCAUCGCCAAUCUGGUAUGUUGACCGUAAGGGUGAGGUGACUGAUGGCCAAGAGCCCUGGUUCAAAAAUCCCGUUUUCAUGAUGGAGCCAGGUGGCAAAGAACGUGUCUACGUCAAAUGGGACCCAUACUUUGUUAAGUCUUUGUCCCGCUUCAGUGACAAAGGAUUAAUCCCCCCUCUCUCCGCGGAGCAACUCGAAGCUAUGAAAGUCUUGGAAGAAACCUGCCAGCGGUACGGGAUUGUCUAUGAUUGUGAAAUUGGAGACAUUCAAUUCGUAUCUUGCUGCCAGACUUUCCACUCUCGCACUGGAUUUACCGAUCCCCCUCCCCCACAGCCUCAGCGAUACUUGCUGCGCACGUGGAUCGGGACACCUGAACACGAGGGAGGCUGGUCCCUGCCUUUUCACGACAGCUGCUACCCAAAGCGAGGUGGAAUCCAGGUUGACAGUACACCACCGGCCGCCGAUCCACUCACCACCGCAGGAGGUACUGAGUGA